AUGUCGUACCAAACCGAAGGGAACGGGUUCUUCGCCGCCCUGCCCACCGAAAUAUGUCAUUUCGUUCUGGGGUACAUGGAUAAACAAUCCAGACAUGCGUUCGCAAGAUGUUCUCGUCAUUGCUAUUCCAUCGCUUUUCCAGCUAGGUUCAUUGGUGUUAAGCUUUCGGAGGUCAAUCAUAAGUAUUGGCUAAAGGUGUUCACUCGGGGUUGGUUGGCGCCGUUGGCGCGAUGGGUUCAUACGGUGGUAUUGGACAUUGCGGACCUAAGAUACCUAACAAUCCUUCCAUCCAAACUAACAGUCUUCCCAAACCUCCGAGGUCUAAACUUCCACAUCCACGCCCCGAAACCCUUCGAAGGAAACGUAUUCGCCGCGCUAUUCCGGUUCCUCUGCACCCUUCCGUUUUAUAAUAAUAUCACAUACCUUUCGAUAAACUGGUAUGCAUACCAAGUCGUCUUCGACACCGACAUCAUCUUCAUCGGCCAAGGUUUCGGAGCAGCACAACAAGAACAAGAAAGAAAGAAAGAAGAAAAAAUGCGAAAGCAAUAUGAUGAGGAUAUACAAAUGUUUCCAGAAGUAAAGGAAAUGAUCGGCCCUCACCUUUCGAAAGUCCAAGUCAUCGAGAAGACGUUAUCCGGGGAGAUAUAUUUCCCGAAAAAUCUACAAACACUGGAACUGGGAAUGGGUUCUCAGACGCCGUAUUAUUUGAUCCCCAUGCUUAAUUGUUCAAACAUCACGACUUUGAUUUUUGAUUUUUUCCCUUCGGAAUUUAGGGAUAGUAAGGCGCUUAGUAGCACUUUACAAUUCCCUAUGGUUACAACGAUGGUUUUCAGUCAUGUUGGGUUUUAUGCGGAGACGAAAAUCAUUAAUAACCAUUUCCCGAACGUUGAGUUCAUGUCGGUGACGAAGUAUUGCACUUUACAUUGGUCGGAAUUCAUCAAGGCUUUUCCAAAAGUCAAAAUUUUUAACCUACCGUGGCAUAAAAUGCGUUGGCGGUAUGUAGAGGUAGGAUAUCUGGAGCGAGCGAUCAAGAAACUUUUAAAAGGUGGUCAUCUUCCGCUAUACCCUAAAAUCUCGUUCUCUGGGAAUUAUGAAGUAGAAGAUGGUGGGGGGAUGAAGCAUAUCCAUCUAAUUUGUAAGAUUUCUUUGAAUUCAAGUGGAGGUCAUGAUAUAUAUUGGGAAGGGGAUACGGGUUAUAAACUCGAAGACAUGAAGUUGGCGGAUUUUCAGGAGGAGAUAUUGAGGGAUCCGAGGAGUGGGAGGGAUUUGGAUGGGUAUUAUGGGGAUGAUAGUUCUGGGGAGGAGAUGGAUGCUGGGAGUGAUCAUUCGGAGUAUGUUGAUAGUGGGAGUGAUGAGUACGAGUUUUCGGAUGGGGAGGAAGAGGAGGAAUCGUAUGGUGGUGAUUCGGAGUAUUGGGAGAGUGGGGAUGAGGUGGAGGAUGGGUCUGGUGAGGAUACUGAGAUGGAUUUGGAGGAGAGUGGGGGGGUUUAA